GUCUAGUGAGUGAAGCUAGGUGGUGGAAGUCCUGGUGAGUGAAGUCGGGCCCUAGUGAGUGAAGCUAGGUGGUGGAAGUCCUGGUGAGUGAAGCUAGGCAAUGGAAGUCCUAGUGAGUGAAAUUAGACAAUCCUAGAGAGGUGACCCUAGCGCGGUGGACCGGACCACCGAAUCCUGAAAUAUGUUGACACUGUUUUACUUUACUAUUUUAUCUAUUGUACUAACCCAGUGUGCAGGAGCCGACAGGUCUGAGGAAGUCUAGAUAGGUCAACGGACCGACCGGAUAUCUGACGAGAAGUCCAGAUAGAUCAAUGGGCCGACCAGAUAUCUGGCAGUUGGGUCUGUGGACUGGACAACUGGCAAAAUGGUAAGUAAAGGUAAGUCACUGGAGGAGAGUGACUAACUGAGGACGCGUCCCGGUCGAGAGGACAAUAGGCGUCGGUCCAAGUUAGGUCCAUUUCGGAUCUCUAAUUUGAGACCUUAACUAGUUUCUGGUCCUGGGAGGACAGAAACUAAUUACUACCAUUUAUUAUUGUGCUAACUUUGUUUUGCAGGAUAGAUGUUUUAGUUAUUAGACUAACACAUUUUGCAGGGCAAAAAGGAGCAAAAGCUUUCAGAUGAAUAGUGUCCGAAGGCGCCUUUAAGCAGUGAAGGCGUCUUCGUACUGUUCAUGGAAUGCGCCUUUCAAGGGAUGAAGUUUGGCGUUCGAAGCAGAUAACGCACAGAAUUUGCGGGAUAAAAUUUAUCCCAUUGGAGGCGCCUUCAACUCCUAUAGAAGGCACCUUCAACACCUAUGGAAGUCACCUUCCAUGCUCUAUUUAAGGCUGCUCGCCCAAAGCUUCUUCAACAACUGAUAUACAAGCUUCCACGCGUCCGAUUGAGGUUCUGAUUGCUCCGGCCUACUACUGUGACUCUGCUACGACGCUGUUGCGCCUUACUACUGUCGAGGAACCGACCGACACCGAGCCUAAGCUGAUAAUCUUCGAAUGUGUUGGGUAACAAAUUGUAAUUCCUUCUUUCUCUGUACUUGAUUUUCUCUUCCGGAGGUACCGAAAGAGGUUUAUAGUGAUUUACCCAUCGAUAGGUCCACGUGACCUGGGUCUUGGAAUAGGAGUCGCCGAAGGCUCCGAACCAAGUAAACCGACCGUGUUUUCUGGUGUUCGCUCUCUUAAUUUCCGCUGCGCAUACUUGUGAUUUUAAAACCGACAAAACGAGUUUUUGAAAACCACAUGAUUCACCCUCCUCCCCCUCUGACGUGCGUAUCGAUCCAAUAAGUAGUAUCAGAGCGAGAUUCUGCUCUAAAUUGGUGCAACCACCAAUCAAGCCGGGGUUAUCGUUUUCAGUUUUUUGUUAAUAUUUGAAUUGGUGAAACUUUACCUAUUCAAAUAAAUUUUCUUUGCUCGUUCGGUUUUAACUCGAAGUUGGUGCAAUACCUCUCGAGUUCUUCUAUAUUUUUUAUAUCUCAAACUCUGCUAAUCCAAGACCAAGUCUUGGUAUCUUCCUUUAGUUUUCUAUCUUCAGUGCUUAAUGACUCAAGGUGAAGGACGAAACGUUCACGAACGACCUCCAUAUGAGAUGUACAAGAGACAUGAAUUCAAUAUGUGGAGGAUGCAAAUGGCAACUUUCAUCCUUAUGAACGAUUUCGAUGGUGGCAUGACACUGAGAAGAUCAACACAACACACAGAAACCAACAGAAAGGUAAUAAAUUCAAUUGUAAGAUUGCUACCUAAUGAAAUCACAUGCAGAAUUAGAGAACAUCGAGAUGCCUAUGAGUUCUGGACUCGACUAACCAAGAUUCACGAGGAGCCGAUGGAGCUAGAGGAUCAAGUCAAACUAGAGCUCAGAUCUGAGUCUGAAUCCCCAGAGUCAUCCUCAGAAUCAGACCAAACCAGCUUUAUGACGUUAAUAGCAAAAGAGGAGGUAGAAAGAUCUGAAUCAGAAUUCGAAUAUGAAAUGACAGUGGACAAGGAGGAGAAUCCUAACGAGGAUUCUAAAGGUAAAGUUGUAAAUUCAAAAUUCAAAUAUCAUAUAAUAUGUUUUAGAUGCAGUGAAAGAGGGCAUUACAAAAGUAAGUGCCCUACUUGUAAGACUCGAACCACACAAUCAAAGGUAAAGGAGAAGUCGACAUUAAAAGUUCAAAAAGGGAAGGAGCAUAUCCAAUGUUUCAAGUGCAAAAAGAUGGGUCAUUAUAAACCUCAAUGCCCAGAAAAAGGAUCCAGGGGGAGCAAAGGGAAUUGUGAUCUUUAUAACGGGAAAUGGAUUUACGAUUUUGAUGGGCCAUUAUACACAAACAACACAUGCCCAGUGAUUUCACCCAAACAGAAUUGCCAGGGGAAUGGGAGAUCUGACAAAGAGUAUGAAAAUUGGAGAUGGAAACCUAAAAAUUGUCACCUGCCACGCUUUGAUGCAAAGAAAUUUUUGGAGCUGAUGAGAGGAAAGACAUUAGCAUUUGUUGGAGAUUCAAUUGCUAGAAAUCAGAUGGAGUCCCUGCUUUGCAUUCUCUGGCAGUUUGAAGCUCCCAAGAAGCGAAGGAAGGGCAAGAGACAAUAUUUCUACUUCAAGUCCACCUCCACUACCCUUACCCGAUAUUGGUCAUCUUGGCUUGUACAUCAGACCACUGAGUCCUUUGCAUCUGUCCCAGAUAACAUUGUGAAGGUUCAUCUUGAUCUUCCUGAUGAAGAUUUCAUGGAAAACCUCUCAAAAUUUGAUGUCGUGGUUCUUUCUUCAGGCCACUGGUUUGUGAAACAGUCUGCCUACAUUCUCAACGGCACACUCGUUGGGGGACAACUGUGGCAGCCCAAGGGAGAAGGGAAUAUGCAGAUCAAGAACAUCGACGCUUUCGGUAUUUCAGUAGAGACCUGCCUGACUGCGAUUGCCUCUCAUCCAAACUUCACAGGUUUAGCCAUUGUUCGCUCAUAUUCACCAGAUCAUUAUGAAGGCGGAGCUUGGAACACCGGAGGUUCAUGUACAGGAAAGGAUAGGCCAUUGACCACUGUGGUAAGAAAUGGAUUCACGGAUGUGAUGCAUGAGAAACAGGUUAAUAGCUUCGUAAAUGCAGUGAAGAAAGCUAGGGUCGACUCUAAGUUAAGAUUGAUGGACAUAACUGAGCCAUUCGCGUAUAGGCCAGAUGGGCAUCCGGGUCCGUAUAGAAGUCCCGAUCCUAACAAGAAUACUAAAAGGGGAGCCAACGGUGAACCCCCGCCCCAGGAUUGCCUUCACUGGUGCAUGCCUGGUCCAAUUGAUACUUGGAACGAGAUUCUCCUUGAGGUUAUUAGGAGAGAAUUUCAUGGAAGAUGAGUUUGUUUUAGCUUUUAUACUGCUCAUACUUUAGUUUGGUUUAACUGAAGAUGCUUCACUGGCUCAUCGGAUACUUGCCACGAAGAGGAACCAAAACUUGCUCGACGCCUUGAUCACGAUCACAUGGGCAUAUGGAGAAAUUUAGCAUAUCUUUCAUCUCAGAACAUUUUGAUAACAACAAAAAGGAGUCGAGGAAAAUAAGAUUUUGUUUUGUUUUUUUACUUUAAACUCAUUCAAUCAAAUAAUUAUUAGUAAUCUAGAUUCUUAACCAACGAGGGCCAAGAUUCAUUCUGCUUA